UUUACAUAAAUAAAACGAUUCGCGAGACCGAAAACACGUUUUCUUCUUCCAGGCGUCAUUAACACACGUGACUAGACUCAGCAUAUACAUGAGAGACAGCGUCAUAUAUCGUUUUGGAGGUAUCAAGAAAGCAAGCCUUAUCUUGACCACAAAAACAAUAUUAUUCACAAGAAAUCAUGAUGACAGUGUGGAAAAUAAUCUGUUCCGCUCUGCAGCUGAGGCAGGACCCCAUGACAUUCUGAAGCUGUACAACCCUAAGGGCAACAUCAUCAACAUCUCCCCGCACCUGGAGCCCAACAGUCCUAACUCAUGUUAUAAACUAGAGGUGGUGGCUGCUGACUGCAACAGUGAGCCAUUAGGUGUGGAGCUUGCUGUGGCACUAGGAUUUGACCUCUCCUCCAUGGAGAAAAGACUGCAGGGCUUGGAGAAGAAGAUCCUGAUCGAGGCUGGUGAGACUCCUGCAGUCGUGUACGAGAUGAAGAGACAGGUGGAGUCAUUCCGGGAGAAACUUGAGAGUGUUGAGCAUCUCAGCUGGCUGGGCCUAUUCAAAGAGCUAUCUGAGGGAACACAGAAGCCCUCUCCUUUCUACCACAAGAGAACACUGCGCAAGACCAGAGAGGAAUGUGAACAUGUACGGGAAAAGUUCCUGCAGAUGAGUUCCCUGGAGGUUUCAGAGGAAGUGAGACAGUACCUCAAGACCCCAACUUUUGACAACUGGCAGUGGGAGGAUGCAGAGAUCAUGGUUCUAUUGCAGGUCAUGUACACAGACCUGGAUUUCAUUGCCACCUUUAACAUAGAGCCUGAGGUGCUGCACCAGUUCCUGUAUGAGGUGUACAAACGGUACAACAACAUCCCCUUCCACAACUUCAAACACUGCUUCUGUGUCACCCAGAUGAUGUAUGGGCUGAUCUGGCUGACGGACCUGAAAAGUAAGAUUGACAGCAUUGACCUGCUCACCAUGCUGACCUCUGCAGUCUGUCACGACCUUGAUCACACGGGAUACAACAAUGCUUACCAGAUAAAUGCUCGUACAGAACUGGCCCUGCGCUACAAUGACAUUUCCCCCCUUGAGAACCACCACUGUGCUGUGGCUUUUGAGAUCCUGGAGAAGAAUGAAAACAACAUUUUCAGAAAUCUGACAACUGAACAGUAUAAACGGAUAAGAGAGGGCAUAAUCAAAUGCAUCCUGGCCACUGAUAUGACGAGACAUAACGAGAUCCUGAACAAAUUCAAGUCCAUCCUGCUUGUCUUUGACUUCAGCAACAAGGACCACAGAGACGUGCUGAUGAUGAUCAUGAUCAAAGUGAGUGACAUCUCCAACGAAGCACGGCCUAUGGAUGUGGCUGAACCCUGGUUAGACUGCCUCCUGCAGGAGUUCUACAACCAGAGUGACAAGGAGAAGCUGGAGGGUCUUCCUGUCACCCCGUUCAUGGACAGGGACAAGGUGACCAAGCCGUCCUCUCAGACAGGCUUCAUUGGCUUCGUCCUCUUACCCCUCUUCAUUGAGCUGGCUAACCUUUUCCCCUGCCUGGAGCAGCACAUCAUAGACCCGGUGCGUAAGGCCCUGGACUACUACACAGAGAUGGAGAAAGCCCUAGAGAGAGAGAAACUGAUCCGAGCACAAAGCGACAAGGCAGCUGCAGCCAAGAACACGACACCCCAGAACUUACAGAACCCUCAGAAAACAGCAAAUACUCUGUCAGAGGCUGGGAAUGCCUUGAACCCACCCACUCUGUGAUGGCAAGCACUUAUAUGUUUCCUUUGGUCUUUGUAGAGACAAGGUAUUCACUAUGUCGUGUUACAGGAGUUGUCUGCUGUGUUUUGCUACAAACGUUUUUCACUGCAUAUAUUCAGUUUUCAAAAUAUUUGCAUAUGAAUAAUGGUUAAUUACACAAUAUGACAUACAAGACAUACGAGGAAUCAGUGUGCAGUUAUGUUUUGUAUUGGUGAUAUGCUUAAACGAAAGACCAGAAGAGCUAUUGUCUAACUGAAAAAUGGGGAUAAAGAUUAGUGUAUUUGUCUUCACUGAAAAUCUGGACUAUGGUUGUCAUCUAGUGCAUAUGGAUAUUUUUCAUAUGGAUAUUUUUCAUAUUGAUAAUGUAUAAAAAGGACAGAAAUAACAGAUAUUAUAUUAAAUAUGUUUUUGCAUGUAUUGUACUUUUAGAUUUAAGUGUUCUACUUAGAAACAAAUAAAUAAACACAACAA